AUGCAGUAUCUUCGUGUCCAUGUUGAACCUCCUCAGCCGGCGCAGGUAGAUGAACCACUGACACCAGGUGUGGGCUCUGCCAUGAAUCAGUGUGGGGGGACAGAGGAGGGAGUCCCUCCCUCUAAAAGCACUCUGUGGGGGAAACAUGACAGCCAGACCGAAGCUCAGAGCCCAGAGAAGCAGCAGAGACCAGACUCCCCUGGACCUGAACCCAGCUGUGUGUCCAUGAAGAGUGACUGGUCCAGGAGAAAACCUGUUAACUUUAAAGGACAACCUCCUACAGAGACUCAACUCCAGCAAGUUCCUGGUGGUCAGUAUGACCAGCAUCACCCCACAGACCUGGACUCAAUAUUUAUGCAUCUUGAAGAAAACAUUUUCACUUUUGUGAAGAACGAGUUAAAGAACUUCCAGAAGGUUCUAAGUACAGAUUACCCAGAAUACUUAGAGAGACAUAGUAAGGAUGAGAAUUUGGUGGACGGUGAGGAGGAAGAGCAGAGGAGGAGCAGCCAAGAGACAUUUCUGAAGAUCACAAUGCACUUCCUGAGGAGAAUGAAGCAGGGGGAGCUGGCUGACCGUCUGCAGAGCAGGUCCUGUGUCGGGGUUAGUGUUGGGGUCCCUGUGUUCUCUCUUUUGCGCUCUCUCUCCAGGUUUCGUUGCUUUCUGCAAUUGGUGUUUCCCUGUGCUAUUCUCUAUUGUCCCCACCUUCCAUCCCCCUUCUCUUGCAGGCUGAGUGUCUGUAACCUGUCAGAGAGAAGCUGUGAAGCUCUGUCCUCAGUUCUAAGCUCCAAGUCCUCUAGUCUGAAAGAGCUGGACCUGAGUGACAACGAUCUGCAGGAUUCAGGAGUGAAGCUGCUCUCUGCUGGACUGGAGAGUCCACAUUGUACAUUGGAGACAGUGAGGCUGUCAGGCUGUCUGAUCACAGAGGAAGGCUGUACUUCUCUGGCCUCAGCUCUGAGCUCCAACCCCUCCCAUCUGAGAGAGCUGGACCUGAGCUACAAUCAUCCAGGAGACUCCGGAGCAAAGCUGCUGUUUGCUGGACUGAAGGAUCCGCACUGGAGGCUGGACACUCUCAGGUUGGAACACGGUGGUGAGCAGAGACUCAAACCUGGUCUUAGGAAGUAUUUAUGUGAACUCACACUGGACACAAACACAGUACACAGAUACCUCAAACUGUCUGGUAACAACAGUAAGGUGACAGUAGUGACAAAGGAGCAGCCAUAUCCUGAUCAUCCACAGAGGUUUGACUACUGGCCUCAGCUGCUGUGUAGAAAUGGUCUGACUGGUCGCUGUUAUUGGGAGGUUGAGUGGAGCGGAGAGGUUGAUAUAUCAGUGACUUACAAAGGAAUCAGAAGGAGAGGAAACAGUGAUGACUGCAGGUUUGGACAGAAUAAGCAGUCCUGGAGUCUGAGGUGCUCAGAUGUUGAUGGUCUCACAAAGAGAAAAACGGGCUCCUCCUCCUCCUUCUCCUUCUGCACCUCCUCCUCUAACAGAGUAGCAGUGUAUGUGGACUGUCCUGCUGGCUCUCUGUCCUUCUACAGAGUCUCCUCUGACACACUGAUACACCUCCACACCUUCAACACCACAUUCACUGAACCUCUUUAUCCUGGGUUUGGACUAGAGUUGUGUGGUUCCUCAGUGUCUUUGUGUUCACUGUAGAAGGGAGAGUCUCCUACACUACUGACUAAGACAUACGUUUUUGUUAUGGGUCCUUUUAUUAAAGUUUUAUGGGGCAAAUUUUAGAUUUAGUGAACUUUUUCGUCAUAUAAAUAAUUAUGUAUAAAUAAUAAAAUCAAGUUACACACACACACACAGGCAUAUAAAUAAUCAAACAUAUGUAGUUGUUUGAUAAUUUAGAGAUUGUUGAUUUGUCAUUGAUCAUUGGAAUAAUAAUAAUAACAUUUAUAUAGCGCCUUUCAUGAGGCCCAAGGACGCUUUACACAUAAUUGAAGUUUGAAUAUGUCUACUUGAAUU